GCGCUGCUGUUCUUCCGGUCCGGGCGGGUGAGCCUGCGCCUUGGGUUUCCGUGUACCUCCGGGACCGUGGUCGCCGCCCCGCUGGGAGCCGCGGGACAUCACGCCUACACUCUUAUAUUGAGCUAUGCCUGAAGAAAAGAUUUUGAAUUGAUAAGACAUCUUGAAGAAAGGACAAUCAGCAUAUCUCUAGGUUGUAUCAAAUAGAAAUCCCUAAUUACUAUCCAACUCCUUGACAUAUAGGGGAGGUGGGUGGAUCAGACUUAAUGCAUUAGCCUUGCUAUGAGGCCAUUUCCCAACACAGCAUUUGACUAUAUUAAUUGACUUUUCAUAUAGAUUAUUGUAUAGUGGAAAGAGUGCACUAAUUGACAUGGAUAUUCCCAUUCACUUCAUAGUUAUUUUUAUCUUUAUAAAUAACAUUCUGAUUUAUUUCUCAAGUACUUGAGUGUUUGCUAAUAUGUCAGUCUGUCUGGCUGCCACUUCUUGGACAGCUGACAAAUGGAGUUUGUUAACCUAGAAAGCUGGAAGCCACCCCUGACUCUUGGUGAUGCAGGCACGUUGCUGUCCUGACAGGUUUUGUGUGAGUUACCAGAUAGUAUCCUUAGGCAACAGCUCUAUCUCAUUUUUCUGUUUACUGGGACAGUGAUAUCCCCUCCCCCACCUUUUUUUCCUCUAUGAGCAGGGCUCCCAGUUUUUCAACCUUGAAGUCUUUUACAAUCAAAGCAAAGAGAAGAUUUGUGGAUGUUGAAUAUGCAAGGAGCUGAAAAGAGAGAGAUUGAAAGAGAGAUUUGUCCAGGUUGGGUGAACAAGCCUGCUCCAGAGCAGGAUGGCUCUGAAAUUGAUUUGCCAGGGAUAGCAUCAAAGAGAUCCCAAGAGGAUGAAUACCAGGAUUCUACAUUUGAAGAAAAAUAUGUAUGUGAGAGCAUGAAGGAAAACCCUCCCAGAGAGGUUUCUGGACCAUGCCUUUUCCAAGAAGGUUUUGGGGGAAUAGCUUUCAUCCACAAGGAAGCACCUCCAGAAAUGAUUAGACAAGAAUAUAAUUUUGAGAGAAGCCUGCUUUUGACCUCAAGCCUUGUUACACAUCUCAGGGUUUCUACAGAAGAGAGCCUACAUCAGUGGGAGACAAGUAGCAUAUACACCAAUGAGAUUUCAGACCAAAGUAAAUGUCCGAUCUUCUCUACACAGAAAAAAUCUUGGAAAUGUAGUGAAUGUGGAAAAACUUUUAAUCAGAGCUCAUCCUUUACCCAGCAUCAGAGAACUCAUACGAGACCCUACGCAUGUGAGGAAUGUGGGAAAACUUUUAGUCGUAGCUCAUUCCUUGUUCGACAUCAAAGAAUUCACACCGGAGUGAAACCAUAUGGAUGUGAGCAGUGUGGGAAAACAUUUCGAUGUCGAUCAUUUCUUACUCAGCAUCAGAGAAUCCACACUGGAGAGAAACCGUAUAAAUGUAAUGACUGUGGGAAUUCCUUCCGCAAUCAUUCACAUCUCACUGAACACCAAAGAAUUCACACUGGAGAGAAACCUUAUAAAUGUAAUAGAUGUGGGAAGGCAUUCAGUCAGAACACACACCUCAUUCAUCAUCAGAGAAUUCACACUGGUGAGAAACCUUAUUUAUGCAAUGAAUGUGGCUCUUCGUUUCGCAAACACUCAAAUCUUACACAACAUCAGAGAAUUCACACUGGUGAAAAGCCCUAUAAAUGUGAUGAAUGUGGGAAGACCUUCCAUACAAAGGCAAACCUCUCUCAGCAUCAGAGAAUUCAUACUGGAGAGAAACCCUAUAAAUGUAAGGAAUGUGGGAAAGCGUUUUGUCAGAGCCCAUCCCUUAUUAAACACCAGCGAAUUCAUACUGGAGAAAAACCCUAUAAGUGUAAGGAAUGUGGCAAAGCUUUUGCUCAGAGCACCCCACUCACUAAACAUCAGAGAAUUCAUACAGGGGAAAGACCCUACAAAUGCAGUGAGUGUGGUAAAGCUUUCAUUCAGAGCAUUUGCCUUAUUCGGCAUCAGAGAAGCCACACCGGAGAAAAACCCUAUAAAUGCAAUGAAUGUGGGAAGGGCUUUAACCAGAACACCUGCCUCACUCAGCAUAUGAGAAUUCAUACUGGAGAGAAGCCCUAUAAAUGUCAAGAAUGUGGGAAAGCCUUUGCUCACAACACGUCUCUUACUGAACAUCAUAGAACUCACACUGGUGAGAAGCUCUAUAAGUGUAGUGAGUGUGAGAAAACCUUCCGCAAGUAUGCACACCUUAGUGAACAUUACAGGAUUCACACUGGUGAGAAGCCUUAUGAAUGCUUUGAAUGUGGAAAAUUCUUCAGACAUAGUUCAGUCCUUUUCAGACAUCAGAAACUUCACAGUGGUGAAUAAACCUGGCAUUCAGGUUAUGACAGUUCUCUAGAGACAGUGACUAGGAAUCUGGCUGGCGAAGAGGGACAGGAAGAGUUCCUAGAGGAAAGGAUAAAGAAGCCUUGGAUACUGCACUCAGGAGGGUAUUUUGAGAAAUGGAGGUGGGAGCUUGGAGAAUGCAGAGCCUACUCCAGGUGGGCAUCUGGGAAUACAGGGUAGGAAAUAAGUUCCUACUUUUCACAGAAAUCCUUGCUCUUUGCCAUUCCUUUGUCUCCAUGGCAUUCUCAUACCUGGAGAUGCCAUUUAAGUUAGCACUGGGUUUCCCUUAUUACACCCCUGCUUCACCCUCCCAACUUGUCACCUGUGUUCACUGGUCAUAGGCUGAGGUGCUUUUCCAAAUUGAUUGUCGGUGUGAAAGUGGCAGCAGCUCUGAGGUAGUGCUGAGUAGCCUGCAGAUGCCUGAGGCCGCUCUGACCAUGCCACCGUGGGGAGGCUGCCCAUCUGUGGAGGCGUUCCCGUGAAGGGGAGAUAGAAACAAGUGAAAACAGAAUCCUUAAUCAUUCAUCUAUUCAGCAAAUAAGGGGAUAUGUGGCAAGAGCUGGGCUGAUUGCUACAGAAAAAUUGGUGAAGAAGGCUUUUAUCAGGGUGAGGGAGAGCUUCCUGAUCCUUUCAAGCUGGAGGGUGACUUGGGGCUAAGAAGGAAAUAAGAGAUCAAGAGAGACUUCUCUUGAAUGAUGUCAGUUUGUGGGAAGGAAGUCAGAUCUGCUCAGAGGGUCACAGAGAGGAAGACCUAACCUCUUUCCCAGAGGAGUAUUAUCUUACCCAGAAAGAAAAUGGUUUGUGCUAGACUGCUAGUGCUAAGAAGCCUCAGAGCAGGAAGCCUGCCUGUGACUGAGCAAGCUACCCACAUAUCCCUGUCCUAGACUAGGGCAUACACCUGUCUCUUGUAAGUUUGGCUGGGACACUAGUGCACAGGGACCAGGGGAGAGGGGCCCACUAGGAUUAACAAAGUGGGACUUGGUUUGUUAGCCUUUAGAGAGGAGAAAGCAUUAGUGAUGAAGUGGUCACCAUAAUGGGGAUGGCUAGGUUUUGUGUAAUCAUGGCAUUGGUGGCUCUAACCAUGGAUUCAUUAGAUCUCAGAUAUUUCUGUUUUUAUUGGGCCUCUUUUUCCAGGAUAUUUAUCAUUCCCUGCAGAUUAGGAGUAUCUAGGGAAACACUUCUUGUGGGAUGAAUUUGGAAAGAAUUCUAGAGAGAAUUACCUCUUUUUCAAAUCCCUGAAAAUUGAGAUAACAUGGUUUGCCAUGACUGUGAUGGUAUUUUAUUCUUUUGAGAGAAAGGAAGGGCAUGUUUCCCCUUUAUUUCCCCAUUCUCUUUCAUGUUCUUAACUGCUACUCAGAGAUUCAGCUCUGGAAGAUUAAGUGAUCUUAAACUAGCCUUUGACUAGUAUUUGAAAUAGUUUCUAUGCUCUGAAGCUUACAUAGUUUUAAAAAUAUGAUUUUAAAAACUAAAGUAAGUUAAUUCUGGAAUGGUUAUUUGGAACUCAGCAUCGAUUUUUUUUUUCCAGAGCAAGUAUCUUACAAGCAUUGGUUUGAGCAAUUAAUUACCAAUAAUGGGAAUGUGGCAGAAAUAACAUAUUUUCCCUCUCCAGCUGUAAAGAUUAUGUUCUCAAAUCUGCCAUAGGACAAUUCAUAAUUGAGUAAAUUAAUAUGGGGAAAAAUAACCCUAUGAAAACUUUACAUUUUAUGCUCAUGGAAAAAAAAUAUAGUCUACUGAAAGCAAAUGUCAAUGUAUUUUUUUUCUAAAUGAAAAAAAAAACACUAAACUCAUUGCUAGCAUGUAGUAAAUGUUCAAUAAAUUUUUAUUUGUUGAAUUAAUAUAUUUUAGUCAAACUUUGCCCACCAAAAACUUUAGGAACUUCCUGAUAUUUAGAGUAAUAUUUAUAUGCUACCAUCUUUGGAGUCUUGAGUGGUGAUUAGAGAGGAAAGGGAGAAUUUUCUUGAGGAAGAAAUGUGUUGUAGUUUAUCUUAUGACAGAGCCGAAAGUAAGCUCAUCACACGAGAUGAAUUGUGCCGAAGCACAGCAGUAGAGGGCUGCCGCUCGCUCAGGCAAAACAGCGCCGUCUG